CACAUCCGGGCUUAUUUCAUCUUCAGCUGUGAUGAGAGCAAGAAAGAACAAAAUGGCGACGGGCACUUCGUCUCAAAGUGAUUCUUUAGGUUCUGUAGAUGAUAACAUUGAUAGGAUUAAAUUUUUAUACCCAGCCGUAGAUGAAGAAGAAACUCCCCUUCCUCGUUCCUGGAGUCCAAAAGACAAGUUCAAUUUCAUUGGUCUUGGGCAGAAUAACCUCAGAGUUCAUUAUAAAGGUAUUGGUAAAACUCACAAGGAUGCUGCAAGUGUUAGAGCCACACAUCCUAUUCCUGCUUCUUGUGGUAUUUACUACUUUGAGGUUAGGGUAAUCAGCAAAGGCAGAGAUGGGUACAUGGGUAUUGGAUUAUCUGCACAGGGUGUGAACAUGAACAGACUGCCAGGUUGGGACAAACAUUCAUAUGGUUACCAUGGAGAUGAUGGAAACUCGUUCUGCUCAUCUGGUGCUGGACAACCAUAUGGUCCAACCUUUACAACCGGGGAUACUAUUGGCUGCUGUGUAAAUUUAAUAGAUAACACUUGUUUCUACACAAAAAAUGGUGUAAGCCUAGGGAUAGCUUUCACAGAUCUUCCACCCAAUUUGUAUCCUACAGUUGGCCUUCAGACUCCUGGUGAAGUGGUAGAGGCCAACUUCGGACAGUUACCGUUUGUUUUUGAUAUAGAAGACUAUAAAAAGGAAUGGAGACUAAAGACUAAACUGACAAUAGAGCGGUUUCCUGUCUCAGACAGAAAAGGAGAAUUUCAAGCAGCUCUACACAGGAUUGUUUCUACAUAUCUGGUACAUCACGGCUACUGUUCUGCAGCAGAGGCGUUUUCUAGGUCGACAGAGCAGCCUAUUGUUGAAAACAUAGAAUCAAUCAAGAAUAGACAGCGAAUACAAAAACUAGUCUUAGCUGGAAGAAUGGGUGAAGCUAUUGAAACCACACAAGCUCUUUACCCUCAUUUACUGGAUGCAAAACCUGAUCUUCUUUUUAUGCUCAAAUGUCGUCAAUUUGUAGAAAUGGUGAAUGGCACAGACAGUGAGGUCAGAGGUGGAAAUGUCUCCACUUUAAAUAACGUUCAUUCUGGUGGGCACACUCGCAGUCCAAAGUCCUACUAUAGCAGCGAUGGGAGUAAUCGCUCCAGCCCAGCACACAGUCCCCACCCUUAUACCAGAUCUGGUACACCUCCCUCCUCUCAGCAUCAAUAUUCAGUUCACUACAGCCAACAGGCAUCGCAACAACAGAUGCAUCACCAUCGCACAUCAGCUGCUCCUGACUGUAACAGCCCAAGUAGAUCUUCAGGGAAAAAUGCAAGUUCACAUGGCCAUCAAUACUCGCAGCAGUUGCAGCAUCAUCAUCACAACAGCAGCUAUAAUAACAGUAGUGAUGCUGGCAUGCAAAACAAUCACCCUUAUAAUUACAGUCGGAUUGGAGAAGAGGAGGCUUUAUUAAAUUCCAAUAAUGCCAUGACUGGUGGGGAGCAUAUAACCCUGAAUGGGGGUCCGGGUGGUUCCAGGCUUAUUGAUAAUGAAGAGAUGGACUUAUCUGAUGAAGAUGAGCACUCUAACACACACACAAAUGGAAAUAACCAUGUCAAUGGAAACUCUGUGCAUGAUGAUGAAGAAAUGGAUGUUGAUACCCCCUCUCAUCGUCGUCAAAUGUGUGGUGGGAAUGAAGCAGCAAUCCAAAAAAUGUUGGCAUUUGGUAGGGAACUCAAAAUGAUGAGCCAAAAGUUGAGAAAGGAGUUUGGCAAAAAUGAAGCCAACAAAAAAGCCCUGCAGGAUGCCUUCAGUUUAUUGGCCUACUCUGAUCCAUGGAGUAGUCCAAUAGGCAGCCAACUGUUGCCAAUUAAACGAGAACCUGUGUGUGCAGCUCUCAACAGUGCUAUCUUAGAAUCCAAAGGAUUGCCAAAACAGCCUCCCCUUGAGCUGACUAUAGCUCAAGCCAGUCGAUGUAUGCGCCUUAUGUCUAAAUCAGGAAUUGGAGCUUGUGCAUUUGCUGGUGUUUCAGACUAUCUUCACUAACAAAUGGCUACCAUGUAGAUGACCAUCACAGCUCCCUCCCUCUCCUGACCUCAUAAUAACUGUCAUCUUUGGCUAUCUGCCAAGUACCUACUCAUCUAAGGUUGUCCAUGAAAUGUUUUCUAAUUGGAUUGCUGGUAAUUACUUCCAUUUUAAUAGUGUGUUAAUCAUUUAUCUUUGGGGGUUACAAGGAAUGUUUGAUUAAAUUCAUGACUGCUUACUAAGGUUUGAUUUAUGUCUGAUUAUCAAUGUUUGAUUGACUAAGCUGGCUUGUGAAAUGUUCCAAUCCUUUUUUUUUCUUCAAUUUUUUUAUAGUGAUGUUUUGUGAGUUUUAUUUAAGUGUAUGUUAAAACUUUAGUUGUUUAAGACUUACCCCAGUAACAUGUUUCUUAGAACACAAUCUGCCCUGAGUAAAACACCACCCAACCAAUUUGUGUGUCAUCAGUUUUAGCCUGUAAACACAUUGUUCCUUAUGUUUCUUAUAAAUUCACAUUCCAAGUCUUAAUCAGCUGUGGCAAAAGUAAAAUCCCCAAAAGUCUAAUUUGGUUUGACUCUGUUCUUUUGAAUUCCUUAAAAUUUGUGAUUAGCUUAAAAUGUAGAGGUUGACAAUUUUUAGUAACACAAGCUUUUUGUAAAUGUGUAAUAUACUUCUUUUGGUAAUUCUUGAUAGUGUUGCUUGUUACUACAGAAGUUUAAAUCUAUGCUGUAUCUGUUUAACUUCUUCAAUUGAAACUAGAACUAUUUAAUGUAAAUUUUUAUAGUUUUUUUAUUUUAAAAUUUGAACCAUUGAUAUUGUAAUGCAAAAAAUGUGUUUGAAUUUAAUGUUGUGAGAGAUCCUGGACUUCAAAUAGAUGCCAUACAUGAGUGCUACUAGUAGACGAGCCACUGCUUUAAGUAGAUGUCAUGUUGAGUGUUUUUAUAAUUGUACUUUCACAGCUUUCCCCUCAUUGUAUAAAGAUGAUUUAUGAAAACAGAUUUUGUAUUGACUGAAUAAUUGGUAACACUAAUUUGUCAUAUUGUGAUAUCUAAUGCAUGUGUUGCAGUUAAUGUAUAGAUGGAAAGUAUGUGGAAUGAUUUCAUCUUUUUCUGUCUGGUCAUUUUAUGCCACUAUGCUAAUCAUGUGGUAAGAGAUUGUUGAGUGACUUGUUGUACUUACUCUUGAAUAAACUACCAUCCCCACUUACACCCCCCCCCCUGUCUUUAUGCAUUAUGUCAUUUCUCUCCCAAUUUGAUCAUAUUUUGAUGCAUUUCUCUUUUGUGAUAUGGUUAUGAUUAAAAUAUUAAAUUAAUUCCUACAUUAAUUUCUAUGUGCAUUAUUGAUAAUAUUUUAACUUUUUUGCAAGAUAGUAGCAGAGCUCUCUGCACUACUGUGUAGUAUUGGAUAACUAGAGUCCAUUUUGUUUGGUCAAAUACUAUACAGUUUUUUUCUCCUGUCCUGGCUUCUUGUUUCUUAUAGUAAUAGUCAGGAUCAAGUUAUCAGAUUUGCUAUGUCAGAUAUUAAUUAAACAUUUUAAUCACAUU